AUGCCGGUUUUGGAACGAAUACCAUCAAGAGACAACGAAGAUGCCAGGGGCCUACCCAAGCUGCCGGUGCCCGCUCUGAAGCAGACACUGGACACGUAUUUGAGAUGCGUGAGACACCUGGUCUCCGAGGAGCAGUUCAGAAGAACUCAGUCUAUUGUGGAGAAGUUUGGAGCCCCCGGGGGAGAGGGAGAGUUCCUACAGAAGAAACUUCUAGAGAGGAGGGAUGUCAAGGCCAACUGGGUAUAUGACUACUGGCUUGAAGACAUGUAUUUAAAUAACAGGUUAGCAUUACCUGUCAACUCCAGUCCCGUCAUGGUCUUUCCAAAGCAGAACUUCAGGACCCAGAGUGAUGCGCUCAGAUUUGCUGCUCAUCUCAUUUCUGGUGUACUGGAAUAUAAGACUUUGCUUGAUGGGCGCGCGCUCCCAAUUGACUACGCUCGGGGCCAGCUGGCCGGUACGCCACUGUGUAUGGAACAGUACUACAGGCUCUUCAGCUCUUACCGCCUGCCUGGGCCCAAGAAGGACACCCUGGUAGCCCAGAAGAGCAGUGUCAUGCCCGAACCAGAGCACAUUAUAGUGGCCUGCAAAAACCAGUUCUUUGUUCUCGAUGUUGUCAUCAACUUCCGGAGGCUGAACGAGAGGGACCUGUACACUCAGCUGGAGAAGAUCGUGAAAAUGUCAGACAGCGAAGAGGAACAACUCCCUCCUAUUGGUCUGCUCACGUCGGACGGCAGGACGGAGUGGGCGGAGGCUCGGGCCGUCCUCAUUAAAGAUUCGACCAAUCGAGAUUCUCUGGACACGAUUGAGCGCUGUCUGUGUGUCUUGUGCCUUGAUGCGCCCAGUGGAGUGGAGCUGUCAGAUACUAACCGUGCUAUGCUGAUGCUUCACGGAGGAGGGAAGGAGAAAAAUGGGGGAAACCGCUGGUACGACAAACCCAUGCAGUUUGUCGUAGGCGCUGAUGGGUGCUGUGGUGUUGUUUGUGAACAUUCUCCGUUUGAGGGAAUCGUACUGGUUCAGUGCACAGAGUAUCUUCUCAAAUACAUGAAGGGCAGCCCGUCUAAGCUGGUCAGAGCCGCAAGUGUGAGCGAGCUACCAGCCCCAAGACGACUGCGCUGGAAAUGUUCGCCUGAAAUCCACGAACGACUCAGCGCCUCUGCAGACAAUCUGCACAGGCUGGUCAGAAAUUUAGACAUGAAUGUCCAUAAAUUCGGCGGCUACGGAAAAGAAUUCAUCAAGAAACAGAAGAUGAGCCCUGAUGCUUACGUUCAAGUCGCCUUGCAGUUCGCAUUUUACAGAUGCCACGGAAAGCCGGUGGCGACGUACGAGAGCGCGUCCAUUCGGCGAUUUCAGGAGGGACGAGUCGAUAACAUCCGCUCGGCGACCUGUGAGGCACUGGCGUACGUUAAGGCCAUGACGGAUGGGAAGUCUAACCUCGCUGACAAUGAAAAAAUGGAAAAACUAUGGGCUGCCAUCAAUGCACAAACCCAUUAUACCAUUCUGGCUAUCACGGGAAUGGCCAUAGACAAUCACUUGCUCGGACUGCGAGAGAUGGCCAAAGAGCUGAACCUGGAGAGUCCAGAGAUAUUCACAGAUAAAACCUACAUCGUCAGCAACCAGUUCAUCCUCUCCACGAGUCAGGUCCCCACCACUGUGGACAUGUUUUGCUGUUAUGGUCCAGUGGUCCCAAAUGGAUACGGCACUUGCUACAACCCCCAGUCAGACCACAUUCUCUUCUGCGUGUCCAGUUUCCGUGACAGCCCCGAGACCGGCUCCGACGCGUUCGUCAGAGCUCUGGUGGAGUGCCUGGGGGAGAUGGGAGAGCUGUGUGUUAAAUGCAACGCUGCAGCCCAGGCAGCCAAACCCGCUGAGAAGAGAGAGGGUGUCCCCAAGAUAGUGAAUAACGAAAGCGACUCAUAG